AACUUAAGCUUGUUUUUCAUUUUUCACAGAUCGAUCCUAUUUGAUUGAUGCUUUCGAAGGCACAUUGACGAGUAAAAAUCAAACAUUGAGGGAGCUAUUCUUCUUUGGAAUUCGCAAUUACCGCCAAAUCUUCAGGUCGGCGGGGAGCGGGAAUUGCUGAAAUUCAGUUCAUGAUUUGAUGAGAGAAAGAGAGAUGGGAACUAAAGAAACUUGUAGGAUUGAACUUCGAACUGCAUAUCGUCAGCUUUCUGAUCGUUGCCUUUACUCCGCCUCCAAAUGGGCUGCGGAGCAGUUAGUAGGGAUUGAACAAGAUCCAGCAAAGGCUACACCUUCACACACUCGAUUCCAACGAGGGAGUUCCAGCAUUCGGAGACGAUUCAGAACCAGCGAUGUAAUUUCCACCCCAUUCGCGGGAGUAUCUUAUAUUUCCACUCCUGCCCUAGAGGAAGAUCAUGAGUUUAUCGACAAUGAUUUUUACCUUCUGUCAAAAUCAUACUUUGAUUGUCGAGAAUACAGACGAGCUGCUCAUGUUCUUCAGAAUCAAACCAGCAAGAAAGCUGUGUUCUUGCGUUGUUAUGCCCUCUACUUGGCUGGAGAAAAGAGAAAAGAAGAAGAAACAAUAGAACUUGAAGGACCAUUAGGAAAGAGUGAAGCUGUGAACCGUGAAUUGGUUUCCAUCGAGAGCGAGCUAUCAUCUCUCCGCAAUAACGGUUCAAUCGAUCCUUUCGGGCUGUACUUAUACGGUCUUGUUCUGAAAGAGAAAGGUAGUGAAGUUCUUGCUCGCACAGUCCUUGUUGAAUCCGUAAACACCUAUCCUUGGAAUUGGAGUGCUUGGUUAGAACUCCAAUCCUUGUGCAAUAGUAUCGAAAUCCUACACAGCCUCAAUUUGAAUAACAACUGGAUGAAAGAUUUCUUUCUCGCCAGCACUUACCAAGAACUCCGUAUGCACAACGAAUCCUUAGCAAAGCUCGAGCAAAUCCAGGGAACGUUCGGUCUCAGUAACUACAUUCAAGCCCAAAUCGCGAAAGCCCAAUAUUCUCUACGUGAAUUCGAACAAGUCGAGGUCAUAUUCGAAGAACUUCUGAGAAACGACCCGUACAGAGUAGACGAUAUGGAUAUGUAUUCAAACGUACUCUAUGCAAAAGAAUGCUCAUCCGCCCUAAGUUAUCUCGCGCACAGGGUGAUCUUAACCGACAAAUAUAAACCGGAGUCUUGUUGCAUUGUCGGAAAUUAUUACAGCUUGAAAGGUCAACAUGAGAAAUCAGUUAUGUAUUUCAGGAGAGCUCUUAAACUAAAUAAGAAAUUCUUGACAGCUUGGACUUUAAUGGGUCACGAGUAUUUAGAGAUGAAGAAUACUCCAGCAGCAGUAGAUGCCUAUAGAAGAGCUGUGGAUAUUAACAGUUGCGAUUAUCGAGCUUGGUAUGGCUUAGGUCAGGCUUAUGAGAUGAUGGGUAUGCCUUUAUACGCUCUUCAUUACUUUAAGAAGUCGGUUUUUUUGCAACCUAGUGAUUCACGUUUGUGGAUUGCUAUGGCUCAGUGUUAUGAAACCGAUCAGCUUAAUAUGUUGGAGGAGGCGAUUAAAUGUUAUAGAAGAGCUGCAAAUUGUAACGACAGGGAAGCGAUCGCGUUAGCGCAACUGGCAAAGCUGCACGAUCAGCUUGGACAUGAGGAAGAGGCGGCCUUCUUUUAUAAGAAGGAUUUGGAGAGAAUGGAAGCAGAAGAAAGGGAAGGUCCCAAUAUGGUUCAAGCUCUGAUCUUUCUUGCUACUUAUUGUAAGUCUCGAAAGAGAUUUGAAGAAUGCGAGGUUUAUUGUACUCGUUUACUUGAUUACAAUGGCCCGGAAAAGGAAACCGCGAAGAGCUUGCUUCGAGCUAUUAGGGUAUCGCAACAAGCGGGGUUUCCUCCCUCGGAUGAUGAUGAACAUUUUCCUCUCUAAUAAUAUAGAGGUAAAGUAAAAGAUUGCAGUUGUUUCUUAGAAAUUCACAAAAUAUUAGAGUUCUUUCAGGUUUGUAUUAUUUUCAAAUUUGAGGUUUUUAGUAUGUUAGCAAUAAUUAAAAAAAAAUGUUACUAGGAAACUGUGUGUGAAGGUAUAGAUAGCAUUUGUUGGUUUUGCAUUGUUGCAGAUUAUUUGAAAACAACUUUAAUUUAUUGAAAAUUGAGAUUAUUUGGAUAAAAGAGGUGGAUA